AGAGGAACAUAGAAAAGGUUGGACGUUUAACUUUUGAAGAAUGGCAGGUCAAAUUAUACUACCUGUACUGCUUCUGUUGUUUACAGGUGGAGUAGCAACUCAAAAUGCUGCAACAACAACUCCGGCUUGUGCUGGCUGUCAGUGUUGUCCCUCAGGCACAGAAUGCAUCAUCACCGAUGGAAUUGCUCAAUGUCUGGAUCCCUGUGUCAGCUACAGUAUACUGAAUGAUACAUGGCGUUCAACAAAUAAUACAAACAACUCUAUCUUACACUGUGAUCAGGACAUUGCCUGGAAUGGCUGGUAUCGCUUUUAUUUGGGGCAAAGCAACGCUCAGAUUCCAGAGCGAUGUGUAAAAGAAAACCGGUGUGGAACCCAUGCUCCUUUGUGGCUAAACGGGACUCAUCCAGUGCAGUUUCAUGAAAUCGUAAAUCGCACUGUGUGUAACGCAUGGUCUGGUUCCUGCUGUCAAUUUCCAACGCACACUAUCCAGAUCAAACGAUGCUAUGGAUAUUAUGUCUAUAAACUCAAAAGGCCAUCUGUAUGCCAUCUGGCAUAUUGUGCAGAUGAAGUUACAGUUACAGUUGGAGCAACAACUCAGAAUGUUGGUGGAAUGACAACGCAGAAUGCAGGUGGAAUGACAAGUCAGAAUUCAGCAACGACAACUCCGGCUUGUGCUGGCUGUCAGUGUUGUCCCCCAUACACAGAAUGCAACAUCACCAAUGGAAUUGCUCAAUGUCUCGAUCCCUGUGUCAGCUACAGUAUACUGAAUGAUACAUGGCGUUCAACAAAUAAUACAGACAAUUCUAACUUACAUUGUGAUCAGGACAUUGCCUGGAAUGGAUGGUAUCGCUUUUAUUUGGGGCAAAGCAACGCUCAGAUUCCAGAGCGAUGUGUAAAAGAAAACCGGUGUGGAACCCAUGCUCCUUUGUGGCUAAACGGGACUCAUCCAGUGCAGUUUCAUGAAAUCGUAAAUCGCACUGUGUGUAAUGCAUGGUCUGGUUCCUGCUGUCAAUUUACUCCGCACACUAUCCAGAUCAAACGAUGCUAUGGAUAUUAUGUCUAUAAACUCAAAAGGCCAUCUGUAUGCCAUCUGGCAUAUUGUGCAGAUGAAGUUACAGUUACAGUUGGAGCAACAACUCAGAAUGCUGGUGGAAUGACAACGCAGAAUGCAGGUGGAAUGACAAGUCAGAAUUCAGCAACGACAACUCCGGCUUGUGCUGGCUGUCAGUGUUGUCCCUCAGACACAGAAUGCAACAUCACCAAUGGAAUUGCUCAAUGUCUCGAUCCCUGUGUCAGCUACAGUAUACUGAAUGAUACAUGGCGUUCAACAAAUAAUACAGACAAUUCUAACUUACAUUGUGAUCAGAACAUUGCCUGGAAUGGAUGGUAUCGCUUUUAUUUGGGGCAAAGCAACGCUCAGAUUCCAGAGCGAUGUGUAAAAGAAAACCGAUGUGGAACCCAUGCUCCUUUGUGGCUAAACGGGACUCAUCCAGUGCAGUUUAAUGAAAUCGUAAAUCGCACUGUGUGUAACGCAUGGUCUGGUUCCUGCUGUCUAUUUCCCACACACACUAUCCAGAUCAAACGAUGCUAUGGAUAUUAUGUCUAUAAACUUGAAAAGCCAUCUGUAUGCCAUCUGGCAUAUUGUGCAGAUGAAGUUACAGUUAAGGUGAAAGGUGGAGCGACAACUCCAAAUGCAAACCCCUGUGAACAGCUACACUGUGCUAAGCAUGAGCAGUGCGGGAAGAAAGAUGGUGUUUAUGGCUGUUUCUGUGAUGAAGACCAUCAUAGACCCAACACUAAGAGCUAUGACUCAAACAUCACAUGCAGCAGCAGUUCAGGCAUCAUGUCGAUCUCUCGCUGCCAGCUGUUUGAAGCAGGCUUUCACUCCAGUGCUCUCCACCUCCGAGAUGAAUCUUGCAACGGGACGAUCCAGGACGGACGACUCGUGUUCCACUUUGACAACGAUGACCAUCUGUGUGGGACAACUCUGAGGAGCAAUGGAACUCACUUCAUGUAUGAGAACACCAUUCAGGGUGAUGUGGAUACUCAUGGAGGCCUGAUCACCCGUCAGAGAAACCUUAAUCUGCGUUUCUGCUGUGUUUACCCUCUGGAACAAGCCCUGUCAAUGUCUGUGGGCAUCAGUUCUUUGGAGAGCAUUGUGGACAAGAAGCUUCCUAUUGGCACCGGAUCGUAUCGUAUGAGAAUGACUCCUUAUGAAGAUAAAGACUUCCUCAGGCCCUUCAGCACUAACGAAAACAUAGGCAUUGAAAUCAAUGACAUGCUUUUCGUGGAGGUGCGAACUGAGGGAGUGGAUGAAGACGAGCUUUCCACAAUCCUGGAAUCUUGUUGGGCCACGCCAGUCGAUGAUGCAGACUACUCUGUCCGCUGGGAUCUCAUUGAUUCACAGUGCCCCAAUCCAGCAGAUGGACCUGUAGAGGUGAUUCAGAAUGGUGUCUCCACUGCGGCACGUUUCUCUUUCAGGAUGUUCACUUUUACCAACUACACAGAGAUCUACCUGCACUGCAAUGUUCACUUGUGUCUUUUGAGAAACAACAACUGCUCCGCUGACUGCUCUCCAGGACACCAAAACCGCCAACAGAGAGACGUAUCUUACCAUGACUCAGGAAGUCUGUCCCUUGGACCACUAGCCUUUGGGGCCAAACAGACCACUGGUGCACUAAUCUACAGAAAUGGUGCUUGAGACCACCUGACAUCAAUUGUUACCUUGAUUGUCAGUUUGCUGAUGACCAGAAUUUGGGCAAACUGAGAUCAAAGAAGAUUCAUGACCAAAAGUCUAAAAAAAAAUUGUUUUUACUUGUGAUUUAUGUUGCUUAGAUGUGAGAUUUAGGUGAAAACAAAAACAAUUGUGCUUCACAUCUGCAGCACUGCUGGGCUUCAGAUAAUUUGUGGGAUUUAUAUAACAUUUAGUAUUUGUUCCAUCAUAACUCUUUUAUUAUAAUUAGUUGUUGGUAAUAUUAGCGGAUGGGAAAUAUGAACUGUUAUGUGGGUGUUAAGGUUACAUAUAGAGCUAAUUAAUGUUCAAAGGAAUUAUCAAACUGAAUAAAUUUGAUUAUUCUCUUUUCUUAUAGUCUGAACUGUGUUUAACGAUGUUUUGCUUGUGGGAGAUGUAUGGCUCAAUUAUAAA